CGUCGCAACUUGCGUCGUCCGUCCGUCCCCAUCUCCCCUACAGCAUCAUAACAUUUCCCAUUUUCUCUAAUUCACCUGCUCCCGUGAUUUUAAACCUUACUAGAUUAAGUUUCCCAAGACAGACGAAGAGAAUCCUACUACAAUAAUUUCCUCUGUGAAAAAUCUCAGCUUUAGUCUCAAUCCAAUCUCUCUUUUCCAUUCUGUCAGUAGAUUUUGUUUGCACAAGUCAAAAAGCUAACUGAGCUGAAAAAUAAAAAAGAAAAAAGAAAGAAAAAAACUUCCUUUAAUCUUUUAUUGCUGUUGCGGCUGCUACUUUUGUUCUGUCAUCCUUCAAUCCAAUGGAACGUGUCAAGUUGGUGUUUUUGCUGCUUUUGAGCUUCGUUUUUGGGGCAAUCGGUCUUCUAUCGCCAAAGGGUGUGAACUAUGAAGUGGCUGCAUUAAUGGCGGUGAAGAGGGAGAUGAGAGAUGAGAACGGUGUGAUGGGCGGCUGGGAUAUAAACUCGGUUGACCCUUGUACUUGGAACAUGGUUGCUUGCUCUGGUGAAGGGUUUGUCGAGUCACUUGUAAUGGACAGCAUGGGGUUGGCAGGGAUCCUUUCGCCGAGUAUUGGGAAUUUGAGUCAUCUAAGGAUAAUGUUGUUGCAAAACAAUCAUUUGUCUGGUCCAAUCCCCAGUGAGAUAGGGAACCUCUCAGAGCUUCAAACUCUUGACCUUUCGGAUAAUCAGUUUAUAGGGGGAAUUCCAAGUUCUUUGGGGUCUCUAACUCACCUCAAUUACUUUAAGGUUAGUAAUAAUAACUUAUCCGGACGCAUUCCAACACGCGUUGCAAGUCUCACUGGUCUUUUAUUCUUGGAUUUGUCAUUUAAUAAUCUCAGUGGCCCUACUCCAAAAAUACUAGCAAAAGGCUUUAGUAUUACAGGGAACAGCUUUCUAUGCACUCCAUCUGAACAAAUCUGCACAGAUUUGUCAAAACCAGCAACUGACUCAGAUUCAUCCACCAGUGUCACUGGACUUCACAAUCACAGAUUGGUGCUCUCUGUUGCCAUAGGCAGCAGUUGCACAUUUGUGGUUUCUGUGAUGCUGCUUGUUUGUUGGGUGCAUUGGUGCAGAUCUCGGCUUCUGCUUACAUCAUAUGAUCAAGAUUAUGAAUUUGAAAUUGGCCAUGUAAAGAGGUUCUCAUUUCGUGAAUUGCAAAUUGCUACUGGCAACUUUAGUCGUAAAAAUAUUCUAGGGCAAGGAGGAUAUGGAGUUGUUUAUAAAGGAUGCCUUCCAAAUAGGAUAGUUGUGGCAGUGAAGAGGCUAAAAGAUCCAAAUUUCACUGGAGAAGUUCAGUUUCAGACUGAAGUGGAGAUGAUUGGUUUGGCACUUCACAGAAACCUUUUACGCCUGUAUGGCUUCUGCAUGACACCCGAUGAGAGAUUGCUUGUUUAUCCUUACAUGCCAAAUGGGAGUGUUGCAGAUUGCUUAAGAGACACCUCUAGAGAAAAGCCAAUUCUAGAUUGGAAUAGAAGAAUGCACAUUGCCGUUGGGGCUGCCCGUGGACUUCUAUAUUUGCAUGAGCAGUGUAAUCCAAAAAUAAUUCACAGGGAUGUCAAAGCUGCAAACAUUUUACUUGAUGAGAGUUUUGAAGCUGUUGUUGGGGAUUUUGGUCUUGCCAAGCUCUUAGAUUGUAGGGAUUCUCAUGUCACUACUGCUGUGCGGGGUACCAUUGGGCAUAUUGCCCCAGAGUAUCUUUCAACUGGGCAAUCCUCAGACAAGACAGAUGUCUUUGGAUUUGGGAUACUUCUCUUGGAACUCAUGACAGGACAAAAGGCACCAGAUGCUGGUAAUGGUCAAAUCCCAAAGGGAAUGAUUCUUGACUGGGUCAAAACUUUGCAUGAGGAGAAGAGGCUGGGAGCAUUGGUGGAUAGGGAUUUGAAGGGAUGUUUUGAUGCAGUGGAAUUGGAAAAAACAGUAGAAUUGGCCAUGCAGUGCACACAAUCACACCCUAACCUUCGGCCAAAAAUGUCAGAAGUCUUGAAGGUCCUGGAAGGUCUUGUGCAGGCAGGCAUGGAGGAAUCACAAUGGGGAACCAACGUUGGUGAGACAAGGGCUUGUAGCUUCUCUAGGAAUUAUAGUGACGUUCAUGAAGAGUCAUCUUUCAUCAUUGAAGCAAUGGAACUUUCUGGACCUCGGUGACAAAAUGUACAUACUCUGUACUUUUUUUCUGAGUGCAAAUUACACACAUCUUGAUUUUUUUCUUCUAUUUUUGAAAAUCGAUUACUAAUUUGGGACGGCGUCGAAUAUAUGAAGUUAGGCAUG